AACCCAACAAGCCUCAGCCUUCCUCCUCUCUUCACACUCCUCUCCUCAUCACCCCUUCACCAGCCCACCAAGAUUUACCGGCCGUCGGCAGUUAAUUGGAGUUCACCAUGACUACUGUCCGAGUUCUUCUUACAGUUGCCCUGGUCAUCUCCCUGCUCGCCCUUGGCCAUCAUCCCCUCGCUCAUGCUCGCCACGUGAAGGACCCGUCCAUGCCAACCGGUGAUUCCUCGUCUGUAAAGAAAGGGUUACAGCAAGGGAGUACCAUGAAGCUCGAUGCAGGGAAGACCAAGAAAGUUAAAAACGUGGGAGUGGAGGAGAUACAAAAGGGAUCUGCUGAACCAAGCUUUGGCAACCGGGGGAGCCUUGGUGUUGAGUCUGAUAAGGUGGCCGUGCUUGCUCGCCGUGGAGAACCACCCAAGCCUCACCCGAAAAAGCACAACUAAGGCACCGUCCGGAACGGGUGAAUUUUUUGGUGACCAUAUAUCAGUACUUAGCUCAAAGUUGAACUAACUACCGGUGACCCUACAAGCUUUGCAUCCAGUCCAGCAGUCCCUAAGUAUGUGUACAUAUAGUUAGCUAGCUAGUUUGCUUUUUAGUUGAGCUUGUUAUAGUUAUUAUCUGAUUUUGAGUAGUGGUAGUUCUCUUUCUUUCAUGUUUCCCCUACCCCUCUCUAGCUAGUUUCUAGGUGAAAUUUUGGCUAGGAAACGGAGAUCCGACUCCACUGAGCAUACUGUACUAUAGCUGCCUACUGUCAAAUUAAAUACCACACUUUUUCUAUA